AUGGCCAGAUGGAAGAGAUGCAUAGGGCAAGUAAAAAAAAGUGAAGUAGAGUGUCUCAUAAGAAUUUUUCACAGCUUGGUGGAAAGAGCUGAUGUAAGACUCGAUAACACUGGACUAGAUCGUAACACAUUUCGAGCCAUCCUGCACAGCAUAUUUGGAAUGACUGAUGAUAUGCUAAUGAAUAGAGUAUUUUUUGCAUUUGACAAAGACAAUGAUAACUACAUAAAUGUGAAAGAGUGUGUUAAACGAUUAUCAGUGUUUCUUCGAGGGACUUUUGAAGAAAAGCUGAAGUUCUGUUUUGAAGUUUAUUAUUUCAAUGGUGAUGGUUACAUUUCUCGAGGGAAAAUGUUGGACAUAUUGAACAGUCUACACCAACAGUCACCUGAAGAAGAGACUGAUGAAGGAAUAAACGAGUUGGUGGAUAUAACACUGAAGAAAAUGGAUUAUGACAGCAAUGGCAAGGUAUCUUUUGCAGACUUUGAAAAAGCAGUGAAAGAAGAUAAACUUUUAAGUGUUUGGACCAUGUUUACCAGAAGCAAAGGUACAGUGCCAGCAGCCAAAUUGGUUGAGGGAAAAUUUCAAAGGAUCAGAAAAGAAACACUUGCUAGACACUUACCUCUGUAGGACUUCAACACACUACUGAAGUUUGGCAACCAUGAAGAUCUCAGCCCCAUCCUAACAUUUGGGACCCAAGACA